AUGUGUAAAAUAUUUGUUGGAACAAUUACAUCUAUUCUAACGAUAUUAGGAAUUACACUUAUGCUGUUAGCUAUUAUUACACCUGCUUGGCAGGUUGUUACAUUAACAGAUCUUCAUGUAAUUCAUGAACAUGGCUUAUGGUUAGAUUGUUCUUCAACAAAUCCAACUUUUAGUGAUAUAUUUUCAUCAGAUCAUAAAUGCACAAAUAAAUUUAUAAAUUUUGAAUUUACAAAAAAUGAUAAUAAUGUUAAAUUAGAUAAUGGUGAUGCUAAUUCACAUAAAUUACAUAAAUGGCAUCAAGUAAUGUUAAUUUUGUUUGGUAGCUCAAUAAUUCUUGCCGUUAUUGGUCAAACAUUUUUAUUUUGUGCUUUCUGUUUUCCAAUUUCAGGAGUUGUUGCAAAUUUAUUUUUAUUAUUAUCAUUUUUUACAGCAUCUAUGGCUAUGGUUAUAUUUCAUAUAUAUACAAAUAAAACUGAAUUUAGAUUUAUUUCUGUAAUGUUAAAUGUAUAUGAACAAAAAACUGGAUACUCUAGUAUAAUUGGAUUAUUAUCAGUACUUAUUUUAAUGAUAGCUUUUUUAAUAUCUAUCAUACUAUCAGUCCUUUUAUUCAUUCAAGAUCGCAAUAAACACAAUAUCAGUAAAACAUUUCCAAAUUUUUCUACAUCUGUGUAA